GGAACUCAAAAAUACUGAGGGCCAACUGUAUAAUAACUUUAAAAUGUUAGGGACUUCUGAAUACAUACCGUCACAUUAUGUUAUACCUGGACAACUGAAAUUAAGACGAAAAUUGAAGCAGAUGUUCCUGGAAAAUUACAGCAUGUCAAGCCCUCUCCAGUUUUUAAACCAUUCAAAUCCAGGCAGGCUUGCUACUGCCCAAAGCAAAGGGCCCCACAAGGCCAAGCCAUCGGAACUCAGGCAUCUAUCAGCUUACACAUCUCGGAAAAAUAGCCCAGGGGCUUGUUUUGAUCCACCUCUUGAAGUGGUUCCCACCAGGAACCCAAUCACGUGCAACAAAAGGGCAGCUGACCCAGUCCAUCCUGACCUUGCUGGUUUGUUGGUGAAAUACAAGAAUCUUUUAGCUGAGCUAAGAAAUCUUCGAAACAAACUUUUCAUAAAAGAAACUUCAUUGCAAGAGAUGAAGAAUGAGCUAGAAAGUUACAAAGAAAAUAAUGUGCAACAGUCAUUCCAGAUAAUGUCCCUGAAAGAUGAUAUCAAGGACCUAGAAGAACUUAUUGCUUCUCUAAGCAGAAUUAAAUCUUUGAAAAACACCAAUAUUCAGAGUCUUGAAAGAGGCAACUGGGAUCUAACUAGAAGACUUAUAGAACUAGAAAACCUUCUAAGAGUACAUCUGAUUGAAAGAAAAAAAGCAGAGCGAAAAGUAGACCUUUUGGAGAAAAAGUUAGCAGGUGUUAACAGAUUCACCCCUUAUAUGAGUAUGAAAGAACAAGAAGACAGUUUCAUGACGAAGGACAAGGAUGAAGCUAUCCUGGUCAAGAACUUUGAGAGAGACAUUUUUCACUCUGAAGGACCAAAAGAUGGACAGAAAAUUUGGGAUAAAUGUCAACAAGAUUUGAUCCAUAAGGAAAAACAAUUACCUGAGUUACACAGACCUCCGUAUUCAUUCAGCUGGGAAACUAAAACUGAGCCAUCCCUCUAUCAGAAAUUCCUCAGUCAGUUGUCUACUCUUCCCAGCAACAGUGUUGAACCCAUACCAGCCACAGAGGAAGGUGUGAAAGAGAGCAUUCAGGAGACUGGUGCAAAUGAGCAAUCUUGGAAGUCCAGAGCUGAAGGCCUCCAGCAGGAAGUUCAGAUGCUCACUAAGCAAUUGGAGAAGCAGUAUCAUCACUGUGAAGAAACUGCUGGAGAAUCAUCCGAUACUGAGGAAAAGUAUAAGGAACAAAAAAGACCCUUGAAAUAUCUGGAAGGAAAAAUUGCUAUUAAUGACCUUUUUCCAGGGAGAUUAGACUUGGACACGAACAAAGAAAACUCCCAGACUAAGAUUUCCCAGAUGGAGCAUGGCAAAACGUUCAAGCAGCUAGAGAAAGACAACAAGCAAGAAAUAUUACUGAAUAUUCAGCAGAAUUUGAAGGUUGUUACAACUCAAAGAUUAAAGGAGAAAAUUCAUAAACUUCAGAAACAGCUCAGUGACUUGAAAUUGUCAAAUAAAAAUAUGAAAACUCAACUGACAAGAGUAAAUGUCCUUAAAGACAAAACAAUUGAGAAGCUCAGGCAAUCUUUAACAAAAGUUGAAGCAAUGAAAGGGAAGGCAGUUAUGGAAACAGACUUGAAAACUACAGUAGACUCUGCUGAGCAAGACGUAAGGUGGGACAAAGAGAGGGCCCAUCAAAUGUUAGAAACUGUCACUCCUGAGCUCUGCACAGCAAAGAGCACACUUGAAGAAGUACCGGGACAACAAGAAGAACUUGUUGACUUUAGAGAAACUAUUAUGAAGAUGUUGGGAUUUAACAUGAAAACAGCAGACAAGAAAAUCAUCAAUCACCUAAGGCUUAUUAUACAAGUAUAUGAAGCAUCUGACAAAUCAAAGAUUGCUUCUGCGUGUGAGACUGGAUAG